AUGGAUGAAAAGCUAGCGGUCUUGCAAGAAAUGCAAGAACGUGGCCAUGCUCGAGAAUUGGGCCACCUUGAAAACUAUUUUGCAAUAUGUCAACGUCAGGACUUGUAUACGAACUUUAGUAUGUUCUGCGAACUAAGUGAUGCCUGUUCCUUCGAGGAAUUUACAUUUGCAUUGCGAUCGAUCUGUCUAGAGAACCCGAUUUUACUACACACGGUUAUUCCCAAAAAAUGGCCAAAUCAUCUGGAAUACUACGCUAGCGAGGAAUACACGUCCAAUCCAGUUUCCAAUCAUGAAUUUAUGCGGCUUCUUGAAAAUGUAAACAUGUCAGACUUAUUGAUGAACACCCAAGAUGAAUAUGCAGAGGUAGUUUCGAAAAUCUUUGAAAUCUUUAAUCGCAAUGGCGGGCAUUAUACGAGCGAAAUAUUCGAUAUGACAGCCGCUAUCAGAAUACCGUAUGGUGAUCCUGUUAAACCAAACUGGAGAGUUUUGUGCUUCCCGGGAGGUUCCGAAAAUAGUUGGUCAAAGUUCCUCUACAUUUCAAACCAUUGUUCCAGCGAUGCAGGCUCUGCCAUGAACCUUUUCAAAGAUAUCUCAGCUCAACUUAACAAUCUACCGGAAAAAUUGCCAACGACGGACACGGUCUUCGACUAUUCUUCCGAUUACGAAAAGAUAGGGAGGUUGCCCAUUCCAAUCGAGCAGCGCGUUGAUUAUAAGCCUCCGUUGACCUAUUUCCCUCAGUUAUUGGGAGCGCAAUUUUUGAGAAACCAUUUAAGCUACCACUCUAAGGGCGCAGUUGUCUCCCGCAUUACAACACCAGACGAAGGUAAUCGUGCGUAUUCCCGCUUCCUCAACUUUACUUCUGAACAAAUGCAAGCGAUAAAAAACAAGAUUAAGACUCAAGUCAAUCCGCAAUGUACUAUGACGCCCUUUCUGCAAACAUGCUUGCUUGUUUCUCUCUAUAAGUCUGGCAAAAUAUUCUCUGGAUCGUUCCGAGAAUGGUUUAUGGACAUGGUGAUCCCAAUGCGUACAUCACAACUCUUGCCGGAUGACGAUGAGGUCCGUGACAUGUACAAAUAUGGCGCCAAUAUUGGUGGAUCCCGUUACAACUACUUGAUAUCGUCGUUGAACAUAGGUGAUGAUAAAGAAGCUUUUUGGUCCUUGGUCAAAUAUUAUAAUGACGUUUUCAUCAAGGCUAAAGAAAAUAAGCACUACCUAUAUCCGCUAGGGGCACUAAUGCUAGACUCAGUACGCCAGAGAACCAAUGUAGAUAAAAUAGUAGUGGAUGAUCUGUUGGGACUCCCUCGUGACGGUGCUGUCUUGAGCAACAUCGGUUUUGUGAAGCAGGCUGCAGAUAUCAAAAAGUACAAGAUUCAAGAUAUGGUAUUCUCGCAGACGCUGGGAAGUUUGAGACAUAGCUUCACAAUGAGUGCUUGCACAACUGCCGUUGGUGGUAUGAAUAUUGUUGCAUGCGCUGCUCAUGGAACUGUCAGCUGCAAGAAGGAUUGGGAAGACUUGUGCGAAUUAUUCAAACAAGAAGUUCUUACCAUAUAG